UCUCUCUCUCUCUCUCUCUCUCUCUUUUUAUUCUUUUUUAUCAGAGCCAAACUUUUCUUUUUUUUUUUAACGUUAUCCAAUUGAAACGAACACAACGGAAGAUUAAAAAAAAUCAAGAUCCAAAUUGAAAAGGAAAAAUAAAAUAAAAAGGUGAACAUUAAUUAGUUCAAUUGUGAGAAAAGACGAUGGACCAUCGUCGACAGGUAAAUUAUGAUACACGUGUCGGAAGAAAACGCGCACCGAUACGAACGUGUAAAGCGCAAGGGUACCGCCUUCCUAACGAACCUCUUUAAGUCAAGAAAACUCAACUUAGGGAUGAAGAUCAACGAGGACGAAGAAAUGGAACGUUCUCCUAGGAUCGAGUCACCUGUCUUCAGGUAUUGGCCAGUCGCGAGAGUCUUGUCGAAUCGAUCGGAGAAUCAGAGUCAGACGAUGCAAAUCUUAUGUCUCAAGAGUUAUGCGACACGGACCCUUUGACCCUGGCCCAAGUACACGAGCACCUAGUGCGUAGUCCACCCCCGGCCUCCUGGCCACAUUCAACGGCGUUUGAUUUUUCCCGACAUAACCAAAAUUGUGGAACUCAUAGGAGAAACGAGCAAGAACUGUCAAGGAGUGAACCUUCUACGGAUAUAAGAGAUCGGCACUCGCAUACCUUCUCACUGUUACACCCAACUCCGAUAAGAAGCUUUUCGGAGGUACGUCGACUUCACAGAUCAGCUGAUGAUAGCGUUCAAUUGAUGUCGAACGAAUAAGACAAAUUUAAAGAUGAUUAAUUCAUCGAGAUUAUGAUUUUAUUCGACACAUCCGACUCGUCCUUAAUUGGAUUGUAUUUUUGAAUGUUGUCGAUCGAGAAAGAAGAAGAAGAAGAAAAAAGAAGGGUUGUGAAAAUGAAUCGAAAUUUUUCAUCAACCGUAUCUCGACUUUAAAAAAAUGCUAUGGGAAGCAUUAAUCGGUCGAUUUUAAUCUUCUUGUUUUUAUCUAGUCAUCACAUGAGAUAACUAAUCUGAAUGUUUAGUUAUCAUAAUACUUACUUGUUUUUUUUGUUUUUUUUUUUAGUUAAAUACGAUGUUUUCAAGAUAAAAGAAAUUUACUAUUACUUUCACUCGCAACAACAAAACUCUAUCUUUUCAUUGUUUUCGUUGUCUUUUUUAAUAACAUCGUAUUUACUCUAACUUUAGAUAUUGCGCGCCAAAAUGUUAUUCCUAUUAUUUUCUGUCCGUAUAAUUAUAGAUACAAUCUCGAAAAAGAAAGAGAGAAAAAGAGAGAGAGAGAGAGAGAGAAAUAAAGA